AUACAAGGUCAUCCUCCUCGUCACACAUCCAUCAAGAUCAUCCUCGUCUGCACUCAUCUCACCCUCCCUCCUACUCCUCCUCCGACGCCGCGCAGCAGUCGCAAGGGACAUGCACCGCAAGCACAAGUCCACAAAGGUACCCAACGUCAAGCUUCGCCCUCGUCCCGCCGCUUCUUCCUCGUCCCUUCGCGAUGCCAUUGCCGAUGACAAUGAGUCGUCCUUUAAUCAGAUCAUAGAGGAUCGCAAUAGGCUUAGAGAUGCUGAGUCGGAUCAUAGAGAGGCGUUUGGACCGGGAGCGGCAGCAGCGGCCGAGGAAGAGGUGGAUGGGCCGCUCACUGGUGCCAAUUUCUGCUUUACUGGUGUGACAGACGACAAGACUGCGUUGGCUCAUGCUGCCUACCAACUCGGUGCCAAGGUGGAGGGCAACCUCACAGAGUCCACGACGCACCUCAUCGCCCUCAAUCCUCUCUCCUUCAAGUACGAAUGCGCCCUCUCCCUCGGUCUAUACAUCCUCCUACCUCAAUUCCUCUUCGAAUGCAUCGACCGCUGGAGAGAAGCCCAGGAUCUGAAUGUAGACGCUCUGAUACGCAAGUACUCCCUCAAGCCCCUUCACAAUCUCAAGGUCGGCAUCUGCGGCAUCGAGGACAGACGGGAGAGGGAGCACAUGAAGAGCAGACUCAAGGGACUGGGCGCCACCUUGGUCUACCCUAUGCUCAUACAGGACGAUGUCACCCACCUCGUGUGUGGUACAGCAGACAGAAGAUCAUCCAGCACGCUCGAGACAGUCUAUAAUCUCAGGAGGGGCAAAGUGGGUCAGAGUGACGAGAGGAGAGCAGCUGAUCAGCUCAAGUGUGUACGAGUGGAGUGGGUGGAGGACUGCGCUUCAGUAGGAGGCCGCUUGUCUGAAGAGAUCUAUGACAUCUGGACCCACCGCCAACCACCUUCUCUGGCCGAGAGGGCUCAAGUGCGGACAUCAAUCCCUGUGCGCAGCUUUGCCGAGUGCAAGAAGCGCUUUCAGAACACCGUUCUCACUCAGCAGCGUAUCAACGAACGGCUGCAGAGGGAAGAAGAAGAGCAGAGAAGAGCUAAGCUGGAGGGUCAGUCGAGUAGAGAAGCCUUGCUCAAGAAGUCUCUCGCCAGUGUCGCAGUCUCGAAAGACGCAGACAAGGGCGAAGGUUCCUCUAAGGCUCCGUCGGGAAGCAGUCUGCUCCGAAUGGGCAGAGCUGUCGAGGAAGCGAAGCCUCGAGAGCCAGUCAGACCCUCGGAGCAGACUCGAAACGCCAGAGAGCAGGCUACGAAUGCUCUAGCUGCCAAAGAUCAGUCAAUCACAUACAACAAGAGCCUUGAAAAAGGCGAUGUUGACUUGGACACGCCGCCGACGCUCUCGAGUCUGUUGAUACGGCUGGACUUUGCCCCACACGAAGCGGCCAGAAGGACGAUCAUCCAAGGAGCUCUCCUUGACAAUGGGAUUGCACAGCGGAACAUCCUGACAUCUUCUGACCGAAGUCGGCCUGCUCAGUACUGCGUGACCUCUAUGUCUGGACCUUCUGUGCAAGAGUGGAGCGGAUAUGGUACGCCAGUGACUGUGCUCUGGCUCGAGCAGUGCAUACACUACGAGCGCAUCAUCGACCCCUCCGGCUCUUCCUCUCCUGCCUAUCUACGACCUGCGAGAACUGAGCUCCCAGUUCCAGGGGCGGAGAAUUGUCUUGUCUCCCUCACUGGCUUCCCAGUCGAGGACGAAGAGCCGGAGAGGAGCCAACUGUCGACAUGUCUCAAGGAGAUGGGCUGCAAGGUCACCGGGCCCUUUUCGAGAAAGAACACCCACUUGCUUUCUGCCCAUCCGGGCCGCGUAGACGUGGCUGGGAGCAAAGAACGUAAAGCUUCCGAGUGGGGGAUUCCAGUGGUAGGAGUGGACUUUGUCGAGCGGAUGUGGACCAGCGGCGUUAUCGACCCUCUACCCACUGCUACGCUACCUGCAGCGGUGAGGGACAAUACGGUUAUGGCCGAGUCGCUCCCGAUGGCCGAGACGCAGGAAGGGCGUAUGCUCCCUCCUCCAUCUGCAUCUGCGAAGAGGGCACCCAGCAGCCUCUGUAGGGACAUCACGAAUCAGACAAGUCGGCCUCGUGACGAGGACGACCUCGAGGUCACUACAGAUCAGCAAACGGACAAGACUACUAGUCGAGCCGAAAGCAUGGAGACACAGGUAAAGGAGGAGCGGCCAGUCAAGGUCGAAGCAGCUGCCGCUCUGGACAGCCAACCUCAGCCACAAGAUCAGGAGAAAGGUACUUCAACACCCAAGCUCGAGCGUCCUCAAGCUCGAGGAGCACCCGCAGCCCCAGCUUCUCCUCAGGAGACCGUUGAUACGCAGGCCUCUUCGCUGGCCGGACAGAGCAUGUGGGCCACCCGGAUGGAAGGCGAGGUGACCGCCUUUCUCGCUGCGCGGAAGAAGGCUGGUGCUGCCACUACCUCCCCAAUAGCUCGACAAGGCAGCGGUGCAGCAGACAUGAAUCGCUCCGUCUCUGGUGCUUCUGGCAGCGAAGAAGUGGGCGCCAUAGCUACUCCUAGCGCACCAGGGGCGAAACGCAGGGGCAAGCUCCCGCCAAAGUCAAGACGUUCCGCCUCUGGGACAGCUGCUUCGCCUGCUCCGGGCAGCAGGAGGGGUGGGAGUACUUCGCCGAUCAAGGGUAGUGCACACGAAGGGGAAGAAGACGAAGCAGGGGGAGAAGAGGAGCCUGAUGCAGCGCAGAUCCUCCUUGCUCAGCGAACACUUGCUGCUCUUCAAGCUCAAACCAAGGGACAGGGCGAGUCCUCCACCUCCUCUACGACGGAUAGCGCCGGCUCCUUUGCUCACCACCGCCCCCACUACCCUGCAUUCGGACCGGGGGACGAGGAGGAGGCGGAAGAGCGCGAGGUAGACGGAAGUAUUAAGAUUACCUAUCGCGACCCGCUUGCGGAGAGGGAGAGGCGCAGGCUGGAGGAUCUACUCGAGGGGAAAGGACCGGGCGCUGCUGCUAGUGGAGCAGCAGCGGGAGGGAAGAGGAGACGUGAAGAGACGGCGGAUGGCGGGAGUGUGUCUGCACUCGUUGCAGCUGGGGCGGAAGAGUCGGGAGAGCAAGAGGAGAGCAGCGAGAUUGUGCUCUUGGGUGGUGGUGGGCCGGGAUCAGCGGUGGAUAUGGGUGUGGGUGUAGCUCCAGGUCGGGUGAAGGAGACGAGCCCGAGUAAGAAGAGGGUCAUGGCGAGGAAACAGCCUGGGAUGGGUAGGUAAGAGGUAGCGGGCAGGGCAAGGCAGAGAAGACAAGUCUUGCGGAAAGAGCACGUUGCUUUUUGUAUUGCUAUUCCAGAUCCCAGAACCAGAUCCAAGCGUCGGCUGGGCCGCAGGCCUCCUUAAUGUGACAUUGUAUACUAUCCCC